UUCGCCGGUGCCGUGAAUGCCGUCCUCUCUGCCGCCCCCCGCCGCCUCUCGCUCCUGGUCCCCUCUAACGCCGGCGAGCAGAACUGGCGGUCGGGCGACCACGGUCCUCAGUCCAUCGCGCGCCUUCCCGCCACUGUCUUGGCCGGGGUCCGGUAUCGAUGUCCACAUCGACGCAGGCGACAUAACCGUUGCCAUCCCGACCGAGUCCAACAGAUUGCCACUUUUCUCAGGGCUUUCCAACUUCACACCUUCACUUUUGACGUUCAUUCGAUGGUGUCUGUGCUUGGUCUCGUUGAACAAGAGCUAGCCAAGUUGCUUGUCUGAUAGAUAGGUCUAGGGUCGUAUACAGUUCCCCCAGAAAUUUAUCGCCCACCAGCGUUGUUGUAGCAAGGCCUUCCCUAUCCGACUUCGGUCUCUACCUUCCACAGUACACCUUCGCGAUGGUCGUGCGAUCUGACCGAGCCAAUGAUGUGACCCGCUUUACUUGUUCACAUAUUGAUGUGUUAUUAGUCUGAAUAU